GCCACUGCAUGCUAUCAAACCCAUGUAACUGCCACAGUGGUACAUGCAAGAAGCAAUUUUCAGUAUAUGUACCUUUUUUGUGUGUGUUUGUAACCUGUAGUAAGUUGUAUGGAGUUUGCACUCUUAUCAUCACAUCAAGUAUGGAGUCAGUGCAAUGAAAUCUACAAGAGGACUAUACAGUAUAGGAUGAAGAAACUUUGAAUGACUUUAUCAUGAAUUGGUCGAUUGAAUUACUGUGAUGAUUGUACUAGAGGCAAAUCAAUUGCCUGUAAAGUAUGCUGAAAUUGAUGCUUGCAUGGUUUUCAUCAAUGCAUGCUCAGACAUUUCUGUAUUUGAUGGAAUAAAAAUAUUAUUCUACACUAUAUUGAUUGCUGGUGAAGGGCUGCAAAAUUUAGUCUUUUGCUUGACACUUAUGGCCAUUGAGCAGCGAGGGAUCUUUUAAUAUCGUGUCACACCUGUUGUGACACAGGGCUUUGGUUUUUGCAGUUUCAUCCAAAGGACCACCCCAUUUUUAGUCGCCUCUUAUGACAAGCAAGGGAUACUGAGGACCUAUUCUAACCCGGAUCCCCACGGGUUUCUACACUAUCACAUGGAAGGACUCGCUGCUGUAGAAUUUUUUGAAAGGCUGUCAUCAAGAAACGACAUUUUCCUGUACUGCUCGGAGAUUACGAAAAUUCUACUUAUGGAGAAGCAUCCCAAACUGGAGAAGUUUGUGAGAACUCUGAAAGUGGGUCAGCCAUCGGUCAUUCCAAUCCCCCAGCAAGAGUCAGCAAAGACAGAGGAAGUGACAGUGACAUUGAUACAUGCCAGUCAUUGUCCGGGAUCUGUCAUGUUCCUGUUUGAGGGGUUUGAUGGGACUGUGCUGUACACCGGUGACUUUCGAUGGGAGUCUGAUCAACUCCUGAAUGAACAAGCUCUGCAUAUUGAUCACAAAGUGAAGCCGUUGGUCAGCUUGUAUGUGGAUACCACCUUCUGCCACCCCAACAGCUUCUACAUACCUUCCCGUCAUACCAUCAUCCGGGCGGUGUGUGACCUAGUUAAAGAGUGGACAUCCAAGGGGGAUAAGCACGUCAUACACUUCACCCCUCGGGCUAACUACGGCCAUGAACCUCUGCUGAAGGAGGUGGCCCAAUCACUGGGCUGUAAGGUUCACGUCAAAAAGGACAAAGAAGACAUUUACAAUCAGAUGUCGGAGCUGAGGGGGAUAUUUACGUCUGAUGCCGGAGCCACACCCAUUCACGCGUGCGGAGGAAGGGUAUAUGGGAAGGUUCCGUGUCUCCCUUGUGACCUGAGAAAUAAGAACCUGAAGGUUAUGGUAAUUCUUCCGUCCACCAUGUUUUUCACUCAGUCGGUCCACCUAAGUGAGGGUGAGGUCAUGCUCUGGGACCGGGGAAUGUACCGCGUCUGUUAUUCCUUCCACUCGUCCAUGCUGGAGGUGCGUGACCUAGUGACUUACUUACAGCCCAGACAGGUGUUUCCUAAUGUCAAACCAGCAGAGGACACAACUUUAGCUCAGGUGCAGAGACGGUUAAAUGAAUUUUUGAGGCUGAAACACAGCUCUCGUGUGAGAGAAGAACUGGAUUCACAGCGGCCAUUAGGUCUUCUGAAGCAAGCUGUGAAGAACAGAAAACGCCAAAUUUCUGAGAUGUCUAGUGAUUCAGAGGAACUCAUGUUUGGUUCACAGAAUUUUCACUCAUCUAAAAAACUUUGUAAAUUUACUACACUUCCCUCGAAAAAUGACAUCACAGAAAAAACAGAAGAUGAUGACGACUAUCAGAGUUCUUAUGGUGGCAGUUGUCAUAGCGACAGUGAAAUCAGCGGAAUCUGUGAGUCUGAUGAGGAAAAGGAGGAAAAUUCCCAAACACUGUCGACACCAAGACAAAGUUUACUUGAUGCCAUCCACUCCCAAAUAGACAGCCAAUCAGAAUGCUUGUCUCAUAGGAUUGUGGUAUAUGAUGACUGUGAACAAACGGAGGGAAAAUCUGUCUCAUUGGAGGAAUUAGAAAAACAACACUUACAAGAAGUUGAUGAAGAAAAUGCUGACCUUGAAAAUGUACCUGAUGAACAUGCUUACCAAAACGGUUUCCAUGGAAGCAGCUGCAACAGCAGGAUUUCUACAGAAUUGCCAAUCAAUAAUGGAGAAAUUGAUGAAUCUCCAAAGCCUGAUACACACACAUCUCAAGGUACUGCACAUUCUACGGAGUCCAAGUAUCGCCGAGGUAACACUAGUACUGAAAGUCUAGAGAGUCAGACCAAGUGUUUUAGUGGAAGCAAUGAUCUAUUUGAUGAAAAAUGCGAUUCUCCUUGUGAUGACGACAGAGAUGUUUGUGAUUUACAUGUAACCCCGAGUGACUGUGAUAGCCCAAUAGAUCCAUUGUCUCAUACUCAAGAUUUAAAUCAGGAAUCAAAGAAAGGAACUGUAUGUGAUAUUCAAGAAUCUCAGGGAUUUGUUAUGGGUAAAAUAAAAAAUGAUGGUAGGGAGUUGUCUUGUGUGUCUGAACAUGAGGACUUGGAUAUAAAAAUUCUGUCAGUAGAAAUGGGAAACCCUGUCAUUGUCAUUACAGAUGAGAGUUUGUCAGCUGGGGAAGACUGUCCAUUGAGGAAUGAUAGUUUGUCAGCUGGGAAAGACCGUCCAUCGAGGAACGAUAGUUUGUCAGCUGGGGAAGACCGUCCAUCGAGGAAUUCAUCUCAACAAUCAAAGAUCUCCAUCAACGACAAAGAGGAAAAAAAGCUUCACAAAGACAGUUGUAAGGAAAACCGUGUGUUUCCGAAAAAUAAUGGAGGAUUUGUCGACGAAAUAGAGGCCCUUUUUGAGGUAGAGGAUUCUGAUGAUGAUGUGGAAGUUGUUGAAGACACAAAGUCAAAGACAAUGGCUCCAGAGACCAGAACUAGUUUUCAGGGUGUUCCAGGAAGUAGUGCCAGCUUGUGUGAGGAGUCAGACAGUGAUGCUACGCUACCCCCCAGCCAAAACUCCUACUCAGAGUCUCCACAUAAACACAUGAAGUUAACAGCAGACGACAGUGACUCCACGCUGCCCCCCAGUCAAAACUCGUACUCAGAAUCUCCACACAAACACAGGAAAUCAACAGCAGACGACAGUGUGGAAAUCGUUGAAAAAGAAAGUGAAACAAGGACCGAAAUUAAUCCCCAUUGUUCCAAUACGACACCAAGAAAACUGCGUCAGUCCACUAUUGAUUUUUUUGUUUCGCCUUCAAAAGAUUCACCAGAAAAAUUUAGUCCGAGUAUUGUGAAAAGGAGAAAGAAAUCUAGUGACUGGCUGAACACCCGUUACAGGAACUUGGUGUAUGUUAGUGAAGAGGAGGAUUGUAAUGGUAGUGAUAAAGUGGUGGAUCUAACAUUAAGUAGUGAUGAAGAAAGCUGAUAAGCUGGUGGUUCUAAGAAUUAUAAUAUGAAGAUGAUGUAUGAGAUCCAUAUCUUGAAUAAAUCAAUGCUAUUCAUCUUCUUUAUCAACCUGAACACAAUGAAAGAAUUUUUUAAGUCCAGGUUUUAUGUUUUCUUCAUCAGAAUCAUCUGCCAUUGGUGUUUAUAUGGUUAUCUGUUAUUAGCAUUUAUCUGCCAUCGAUCAUGUUGAUGUUAAUUAUCUGUUACUGACAUUAUCUGUCAUCGAUCAUGUUGAUGUUAAUUAUCUGUUACUGACAUUAUCUGUCAUCGAUCAUGUUGAUGUUAAUUAUCUGUUACUGACAUUAUCUGCCAUCGAUCAUGUUGAUGUUAAUUAUCUGUUACUGACAUUAUCUGUCAUCGAUCAUGUUGAUGUUAAUUAUCUGUUACUGACAUUAUCUGCCAUCGAUCAUGUUGAUGUUAAUUAUCUGCUAUUGACAUUAUCUGCCAUCGAUCAUGUUGAUGUUAAUUAUCUGCUAUUGACAUUAUUUGCCAUCGAUCAUGUUGAUGUUAAUUAUCUGUUAUUGACAUUAUCUGCCAUCGAUCAUGUUGAUGUUAAUUAUCUGCUAUUGACAUUAUUUGCCAUCGAUCAUGUUGAUGUUAAUUAUCUGCUAUUGACAUUAUCUGCCAUCGAUCAUGUUGAUGUUAAUUAUCUGCUAUUGACAUUAUCUGCCAUCGAUCAUGUUGAUGUUAAUUAUCUGCUAUUGACAUUAUCUGCCAUCGAUCAUGUUGAUGUUAAUUAUUUGUUAUUGACAUUAUCUGCCAUCGAUCAUGUUGAUGUUAAUUAUCUGCUAUUGACAUUAUCUGCCAUCAAUCAUGUUGAUGUUAAUUAUCUGUUAUUGACAUUAUCUGCCAUUGAUAUUAUCAGUCAGUAAUGUUGAUUAUCUGCCCCUGACAUCAAUUAUCUGUUGAUGUCAAUUAUCUGUUGGUGAUGUUAAUUAUCUGUCAGUGAUGUUAAUUAUCUGCCAUAAAGUGAUUGAAAAUAAUUAUCGGUCAUAGAUAUUAAUUAUCUUGAAUGUAUUUUAAUUAUCUGUCAUUAAGUGAUGGACGAUAAUUAUCCAUCAUUGAUAUUAGAAUUUGAUUUAAUUAUCUGCCAUAAAGUGAUUGACAAUAAUUAUCUGUCAUAGAUAUUAAUUAUCUUGAAUUUAUUUCAAUUAUCUGUCAUUAAGUGAUAGAUAAUAAUUAUCUGCCGUUGACAGUGAUGACUAUGUACAGUUGAUAUUCAUCACUUUCAAGCAAACUUCUUUUUCCCAGUGAUUUUUUAGCUACCUCACUACAAUGUAAUAUAGCAUGAUAUAUGAUGCCUUGUAUUUUACCAUUAUUUAUAUGUUGACUUGUAUUUAGAUAUCUACAUUCUAAACUUGUUAUUUAUUUAUGCAUUUCAUUUUCAGUAAUGUUUUAUUUAUAUAUCAUCAGUCUAAAUGUGGAAUAUCAAAAUUUCAUUAAAUUGAUAAUAUGUUCAAUAUUUUUCAAAAUUACCAUUGCAUGUAAUUCAGUGUCAAAUAAAUUUGAUCUUUACUUA